CUCAGUUUCCUUCCUGGAAGCUUCAGUUGCAUGAGGAGCGCAGAGCAGAGCGCAGAGCAGCACACUCCGUUCAUCCUCCAGCAGCGCUGCUGCUCUCAGCCUGCAUCUUUCUGGAACAUUCAGCAGUUUUAUCCACUGAAAUGAUAAUGAUAAAUAUGAAAUAAUAAUAGUCAGUCGUUGGGUUCGGGUGUUUUUCAUUUCCCCGUGUUGUGAUUUUCUCUCCUGUUUGUUUCCCUCGCCGAUCAGUCUGUGGAAUGGUCUGCGUUUGCUCUCCUGGGUCGUUUCCACUUCAGCAUGGGAACUGCGGUGUCCAAAAGGAAGAAUCUGAGGAGUGAUGCGAUAUCUUCCGUGGCCGCAAAAGUUCGAGCAGCCCGAGCAUUCGGAGAAUACCUUUCCAAUACCAAUCCAGAGAACCGCAACGGGGCAGAUCAUCUCUUGUCUGACACCUUCCCCGGACAGGACUGUGACUCUCCAGACGUCAGCCGCUUGCAUAACAACAAUCUGCCACCACGGAGCCGUUGUUUGCCCAUUGCUAAACCCAACCAGUCCAGCCAAUCCAACCCCAGUGCUCAUCUACAGUCUCAGCCUCAGGCCAACACCCUCCAGGCUCAGGCACCUUUGGGCCCCUCCAAACGUCGACUCUCUGUUGAGCGCAGCCUCUCCUCAGAGGACCCACCACGUGCCAGAGAACCAGAGCAGAGCGCGGUGGUGAAGCCGGCCAGGGUGUACACAAUCACCAGGGAAGGAGGGAUGACCCUGGGGGGCCGUGGCAGUGAGGAGAGCCUGGAGCUGGAGGUGCUGAAGGGCACCAGGGAGCAGCUUCUGUCCCAGGCCCCUGCCUCUGGCAACCACAACCCGUCCUGCACCACCCAGCCAUCCGCCACAGCCGCCCGUGGUAGCCAUCACCGUAGUAGCCAUCACCGCAGCAACAAUCACCAUGCCCACCCGCAUCACGGAGGCUUGACAUCAUCGUCGCAGCCGCUGCAGAGCUCAGGGAGUGCCAACAACAUCCGGGACUGGGGGAUGAGGAGAGGGGGGUCGCGGGACGACUACACCCCAGACUGCGUGGCCUGCAUUCGGGCUCCGUGUCAGAGCCAGCGCUCCCUGGACAUGGAGACCUCACCGCGAGAUGGAGCAAAGCAUCGCAAGAAACUGGAGAGGAUGUACAGCGAGGACAGAGCGUCUACUGAUGACAGGGAGGACAAUCCUAAUAGCUGGUUCCCCAAAGAGAAUAUGUUCAGCUUUCAGACAGCCACAACCACCAUGCAGGCGGCUUUCCGAGGCAUUGCUGAGAAAAAGAGGCGGAAAAGAGAGCAGGAGGCAGCCACCAUGAUGGAGAGAGCAGCCCGAGCAUUCGGAGAAUACCUUUCCAAUACCAAUCCAGAGAACCGCAACGGGGCAGAUCAUCUCUUGUCUGACACCUUCCCCGGACAGGACUGUGACUCUCCAGACGUCAGCCGCUUGCAUAACAACAAUCUGCCACCACGGAGCCGUUGUUUGCCCAUUGCUAAACCCAACCAGUCCAGCCAAUCCAACCCCAGUGCUCAUCUACAGUCUCAGCCUCAGGCCAACACCCUCCAGGCUCAGGCACCUUUGGGCCCCUCCAAACGUCGACUCUCUGUUGAGCGCAGCCUCUCCUCAGAGGACCCACCACGUGCCAGAGAACCAGAGCAGAGCGCGGUGGUGAAGCCGGCCAGGGUGUACACAAUCACCAGGGAAGGAGGGAUGACCCUGGGGGGCCGUGGCAGUGAGGAGAGCCUGGAGCUGGAGGUGCUGAAGGGCACCAGGGAGCAGCUUCUGUCCCAGGCCCCUGCCUCUGGCAACCACAACCCGUCCUGCACCACCCAGCCAUCCGCCACAGCCGCCCGUGGUAGCCAUCACCGUAGUAGCCAUCACCGCAGCAACAAUCACCAUGCCCACCCGCAUCACGGAGGCUUGACAUCAUCGUCGCAGCCGCUGCAGAGCUCAGGGAGUGCCAACAACAUCCGGGACUGGGGGAUGAGGAGAGGGGGGUCGCGGGACGACUACACCCCAGACUGCGUGGCCUGCAUUCGGGCUCCGUGUCAGAGCCAGCGCUCCCUGGACAUGGAGACCUCACCGCGAGAUGGAGCAAAGCAUCGCAAGAAACUGGAGAGGAUGUACAGCGAGGACAGAGCGUCUACUGAUGACAGGGAGGACAAUCCUAAUAGCUGGUUCCCCAAAGAGAAUAUGUUCAGCUUUCAGACAGCCACAACCACCAUGCAGGCGGCUUUCCGAGGCAUUGCUGAGAAAAAGAGGCGGAAAAGAGAGCAGGAGGCAGCCACCAUGAUGGAGAGAAAUUUCCGCAAACACCUUAGGAUGGUGGGCAGCCGCAGGAUGAAGGUCCAGACCUUUGUCGACCGUCGAGCCAAGAGUUUCAGCCGCUCGUGGAGUGACCCCACCCCCGUCAAGCCUGACUCACUCCAGAGACAUGACUCCAGAGACAGUGGCGAGCUUCAGACUUCCUCAGGGACACUAGAUGAAGGGCUGGAUGAGGAUGCUGACUGGGAGGAGGAGAGGGAGAUGGAGAGAGUGGCCUGUGAAGGGGAGGACUUCAUCCCACCCAAAAUCAUGCUGAUAUCCUCCAAGGUCCCAAAGGCAGAAUAUGUUCCCAACAUAAUUCGUAGGGACGACUCCUCCAUCAUCCCCAUUCUCUAUGACCAUGAACAUGCCACGUUUGAUGACAUCCUCGAGGAGAUAGAGAAGAAGCUGACUGCCUACAGAAAAGGCUGUAAAAUCUGGAAUAUGCUCAUUUUCUGUCAGGGAGGUCCAGGACAUCUGUACUUGCUGAAGAAUAAAGUUGCCACCUUUGCCAAGGUGGAGAAGGAGGAAGACAUGAUCCAGUUCUGGCGGCGGCUCAGCAGGCUGAUGAGUAAGCUGAACCCGGAGCCCAACCUCAUACACAUCAUGGGCUGCUAUGUGCUGGGGAGCGCUAAUGGAGAAAAGCUGAUUCAGACUCUGAAGAGGCUGAUGAGACCCUCCUCGGUCGAAUUCAAGUCCCCACUAGAGCUGUCUGCACAGGGCAAAGAGAUGAUCGAGAUGUACUUUGACUUCCGCCUCUUCCGCCUGUGGAAAAGCCGUCAGCACUCGAAGCUUCUGGACUACGACGACCUCUUGUGACUUGGCCCACCUUCUGUUGGCUUGUCGGCCGGUUAUCUCAUGUCUGAGCCUACUGUACGGUGAUAGGGCGUUUGGUUGAAGGGCCACCAAGAGGCUCCUAGACCAGCUCUGUGGCAGAGCUGAAGCAGCAGCGCAGUUGGGUCUUUUUAUAUCCUUCUGAAGCGACAGGGUGGCACAGUAGAUUCAGCCAGUGGUGUACUUUUUCUCCCUUAUCCGUUUUCACUUUCUGCCAAUCUCUCUGAGAAAAGAGAAAGAGAGGGACAUGAAAAAGGAGGAGAAGCGAGGAACUCAUCAUCCUAGCCUAAAUGUGUCAGAAGACGCUAACUAGUGUUAGAUUUCUGAGUACAGUACAGUAAAAGAGUGACAGCAAAGAACAGAAACAACUCGUGCUUUCUGAUUUUGGAGGGAGACAAAUUUUUCUUUUUUCUUGCCUUUAGCCAACCUAUCUGCUCUUUUAAGACGGAGGCUUUUAAAGAUGGAAGUAUUUUCUUUGUCAGGUUUGGAAGUUAUUCCCCACGGGAUUAGAGCAUUAUGUAAAUAAACAAGUGCUUACUGGAGCAUUAGAGAAUAGAAUUACAGCAUCUCUCUCCAUGCUAUCAUGU